AUGGUGCAUGGUUUCGACGAAAUCGCCCAAGCGGGCAAGCAAUCAGAAAGAAUAACGAUCGCGUUCCUGGCGCUGGCAUGGUUCUUCAUCACACUCCGAGUAUGGACUCGCACGUGGAUCAUUGCAGGCUUUGGCUGGGAUGAUGCGACUAUGAUCCUCGCUUGUUGGGUCGUAGUGAGCGAAGCAACCUACCUCAUAGCGAUGAUGAUGGUUAAGAUCUCACUCGGCAUAUUCUUUGCGCGCAUCGUGGUUGCACCCUGGCACCUUAUGCUCAUAUACGUGACCAUCGGCGUCAACGCCCUAUCUUCAGUGUCAGCUUUCUUUUAUUGCGUUUUUCGCUGCGGGUCAAACGUCGAAAAUUAUGUUAUGCAGCAGCUCAAGAUGAAGUGUACUUCGAGAGGCCUCGACAGGUUCGUGGCAUAUCAGUCAGCUACCUUCUCGACACUUACUGACCUCGUCUUUGUCAUAUUGCCGAUCAUAGUCCUCUGGAACGCCAACAUGGACCGCAGCUCAAAGUUCUCUGUUGGUUUCAUCCUCUGCCUUGCCGCAAGUGCAUGCAUCUGCUCGAUGAUCCGCUUCCAAUACGUCGACGGCCUAACUCAGAUUGACGACUUCUUCUGGAACGCCACGAACAUUGCAAUUUGGUCCACAAUCGAGUGCGGCGCAAGUAUCAUAGCAGGAUGUCUGGCGACUCUGCGCCCACUCCUCAAGCGCAUGUUUGCGACGGCAGGCUCGAUUACCAAGUCUCUGCGCUCGUCGAACAGCCGCUCGAACGACAGCUCGCGACAGACUACGAAUUCAGCGUCUCUCAACACUCACCUUGGCUCAAAUGGGCGCAAGCCGGAGCGGGCGAGCAGAGACAAGCCCACUUUCGCUGAAUUCAUUGCCGAACCUGGCGAAGUCAUCGAAUUGUCGAACUCGAGCGACGCAGGCGACGAACGAGAGAGUCAGGAUCGCAUCCUUCGACAAGAUGAAGAACCAGCGCUGGACUUUCUUUGGCCAGUCAAGGUGGUUGAGCGUCGAAGGGAACCAGAACGCACGUCGCCAAUGCACCCAAAGCACAAAAGCUGGAGCUCACGAUAUAAAACAAGCGAACAGGGUAAGACGGUAUAUCGCCACUCAUCUGCGCCAUCGUCGCCCGUUUCAUGA